AUGGUAGUCAAGCUAGAUAUCGCGAACUUCACUGUUCACAAGGUGCUGAUCGACAGUGGCAGCUCAGCGGACAUCAUUUUCAAGAGUGUGCUGGACAAGAUGGGGCUAGAGAACGCAAGACUUGAACCCGUAAAAACCCCGUUAGUGGGCUUUGGAGGAAGCGAAGUGGCUUCGCUGGGGACGAUCGAGCUACCAGUGUCCAUGGGAGAAGAGCCGAAAAGGAAGACCUUGAUGGUCAAAUUUCUGGUAGUAGACACCCCGUUUACAUACAAUGUCAUCUUAGGUCGGCCAGGGCUGAACUCUUUCCGAGCGGUCAUCUCCACAUACCACAUGAAGAUGAAAUUCCCCACUGAAUACGGGAUUGGAGAAGUGUCAUGCGACCAGAAGGAAGCUCGAAAGUGUUAUAAUUUGUCGCUGAAGGGGGAGCCGAAGGUGAAAAAACAAAAAACCAAAGAGGAUGCAGAACCCCGACCGUAUGAGGCCGAGCACUUGAAACCCAGCGAAGAAUACAAGGCGAUUCAGCUCGUGCCCGAGAGCCCAAUAAGAUGA